GGCACUUGUGUGGCAGGGCGAGGCCGGGCAGCGUCUCUCCGCAUGAGUGCCGGGUUUUCGCCAGUAUUUGCGUAGUGUGCUGACUGGUCCGGGGCACGAUGCAGGAGAUGCGGGGGCCGCGCCCUGAGGCGCGUGAGGGUGCCCUCAGGUCGUUGCUCAGCUCUAUCCAGAGCUCCGUAUUCGUGAUCGGCUCGGCCUUAGUGGUCCUAGCGGCCUUCAGGAACACAAUCACAUGGCAUUUUCAGCAGCUUUGGGGGACCUCCGGAAACCUGUGGCAGUCAAUCUGGGAUCAAGUGUAUGACUUCUUCGGAGGGGACCAGUACAAGAUAUUCAUCUAUGGGACGCUGAUCUUUACCCUAGUUGUGUUCUGGACGGCCAGCAGCAUCUAUAUCUUGAUGGAUGUGCUGCUGAAGCCCGAGCAGCUGCGUCGCUACAAGAUGCAGCCGGGCACCAACGAGCCGGUGGACACUCGCCGCCUGUUGCAGGCCGCCUUCUGGGUCCUGUUCAACCAGACGAUAGUCGGUGUGCCGGUGAUGAUGGUGUUCUUCCCGGUUCUGGAGCUUCGCGGCUACGACGCGGGGCGCGAGCUGCCCACCUUCCAUUGGGUGCUGCUCGAGCUGACCGUCUGCAUACUAGUGCAGGAGGUGGGCUUCUACUAUAGUCACAGACUGCUGCACCAUAAGCUGGUCUACAAGCACAUUCACAAGUGGCAUCACGAGUGGACGUCUCCCAUCUCGAUCACGGCGCUGUACGCCCAUCCGGUGGAACACGUGCUCUCCAACUACUUGCCGAUGCUUCUGGGCGUGCUUGUCACGGGCAGCCACCUUGCCACCUCUUGGCUCUGGUUUGGCAUGGGCAUCCUCUCCAUCAUCAACGCUCACUCAGGCUACCAUCUGCCGUUCUUCCCCAGCCCAGAGGCACACGACUACCACCACCUGAAAGUGCAACAGCUUGAUCGAAGGGGGCAAAUAUCGGAUCCGGCUGCUGCCUCCCGGUUUAGCUCACACCCUUAUUCCUGUCGCGCUGGCGUCAGACACUGGUUCGACCAGUGUUUCGGCGUGCUGGGCGUGCUGGACCGCCUGCACGGCACGAAUGACAAGUUCCGUCAGCAGCCGAACUACCAGUGGCACGUGAUGCAGCUGAGCCUGGUGCCGCUGCGCCAGAUGUACCCGGAGCCUGAGAGGAAGGGAGCCAAGAAGCAGUGAGCGACCCAGUUGGUGCAUGAAUAGCUGUAAAGCCAGUGACAAGAGGGAUGUUUGAAUGUCAUGAGGAAACUUCAAUUGCACUUAGCCUUACGUUUGAUGUUCACGUAAGAAGGGCUUUCAAAGGCACGGCGUCGGCUUCAGUGGUUGGGUCAGGGCAUGUGAUUGGUGUCGCAUCAAUAGUCGCAUUUGGACGGUGGAUUCAUUAGGUGAAAGGCACUGUUCCUCACUCGUGCGAGAUUUUAAGCUGAAAUAUACAUUUUUAAGAGAAUUUAGUUUAGUUCACAGCCCUGUCCUUUUUAAGACCUAAAUGACUCGAGUUUCUGAGCUAUCGCCCGCGAGGAUGCGUAGAUCAUCUUGUGCAGACAAUUUCAAGGUCUUUCAGAUGUGCAUCAUGACGCCAUAGCAACGCCAUGCACAUCCUGCCACCCCACGGGCCAGGCAGCGUUUAAGGCCGGGACGAAUAUUAUCGCCCAGCCAUUCAGAUCUGGAGUCAGUGAACACAAUUUUCCAAAUACAGUGGACGUCCAUUGGCUCUCAAACAAUAUUCAUUAAGCUGCACAGGUUUUGAUCACGAAACAGGUUUUGUGCUACAUAAUAUAGGAAGUCGGACAGGGAUGAGCCAGUUGACGGCAGUUAUAUCUAGAAAUCCCGCUCAGCAACGCCAGAUGUGAACGACUCGACUCUUUUUUGCCUUGAUCGCCGCAUGAAUAAUGAAAUGGCAGGAUUUUAAUGACGUUAUUAUAACGUCAUGGUUAUCUGGUUGGCCUUGAGAUGGUCUCCCCGAAAAAAUCUGUACAAUUUUCGCCAGCGUGUAGCUGUAUCUCAGAGUGGCUUGGGUCUUAAAAAGAGCAGGGAUGUAAACUGCACCGAAUGAUCGUCAAGAUGGCUAUUUUGGUUCAAACCCCAUACAAAUGUGGAACACUCCCUUUAAGGAUAACGUCAUAAUGGAGUAUGUGAAUACAAGUAAACAGCUUAAACCCACGGGUAAAUAUGCAAGGACACCCCGGGAAAGGAUUAAAGCACAAGCGCACGAUAUUUUGCUCAGCGAAUACUUUCAGCCCGUGCUUCCAUCUCUCGACCAGGUAAAAUUAUUAUAAGUCAGUGACAGUUUCGCACCGUUUAUUUGUCAGCACCUCAACAUCAUACAAAUGUUCCAUGACGCAUGUUAUGGUGUGUUAAGGAACCUCUGUACUAAGUAGAGAAAUUGUGUUGUCUAGAGCAGCCCUUUCCACUAGACAGUGCACCAACAGUUAUGUGAGUUCAUUUUGUCAUAUAUGGUGCUUGCUUCAGUAUCUUCAAAUGUGUGAUAUUCCAUUUUCAGGCAGCACGCCCCCUUUUUGCGUCCAAGUAUGCGCUAGUAGCAGGGCGUAGCGUCUCCUAAGGAAUAGGGGGAGGGGGGGGGGGUGCUGAAAAGUGAAAGGUGGUCCAAUUUACUUCCAAAAUAUGCCAACGAACGGUUUCCAAGCCAGAAUUGGCCUACAUUCUUUAGGGGGCUUGUGCUCAGUUGGGGGGGGGGGGGGUUGAAACCCGAGUUGAGG